GUCUACAUAAUCUUCAUAUGCGUUUUAUUUAGAUUGUUAAGAAAAAACUUUUUUUUCUUCUCAGCUUUUUUCAUUAAUAAGCAUAUAUGCUUUGAUUUUCCCCCACAAAACAAGAUUGAAAAUAAACAAACCAUUCGUUUUUUUUCUCUUUUUUCUUUAUCCCCCUCUCUCUUUUAAUACUUGCAAUGAAAGCAUUCACUCGCGAAGAAGUCAGGCGUCAUGCUUCUGAAGAUGAUUUAUGGAUCAUUAUUGAUACCAGUGUAUAUAACAUGAGUUCCUUCAAGGAUAUGCAUCCUGGAGGUGUAUUUCCUAUUCUAGAAUAUGCUGGAAAGGAUGCCACAGAUGCUUUCUAUGGUCUUCACCGUCAAGAAGUCCUUGUGAAAUACAACAGAUAUAAGAUUGGUACUAUUCAAUCUGAACAACCUCAAAUUGAUUUCUAUCAACCUGGUGACUUGUCCAAGGUUCCUUACGCUGAAUCAAGUGCUUGGAUGGGAUUCAAGUCCCCUUACUUUACUGAAUCUCACUUCAAGUUUCGUCGUGCUAUUCGCGAGAUCUGUGAUGAGUUGGCACCUGAAGCUCGUGAGUUCGAGGAAUCUGGUACCAAACCUUCUGAUGAGUUUAUGCAAAAAUUGGGUAAGCACAACUUGCUUGCUGCCAACAUUGGUCCUUCACCUGCCCUUGCUGGUUUGAUUCUUCCCGGCGGUGUUCGUGGUGAAGACUUUGAUUAUUUCCAUGAAAUGAUUCUGCAUGAAGAAUUUGGUCGAUGGAAAGUACGUGGUUUUGAUGAUGGUGUCGUAGGUGGUAUGAUCAUCUCUGCUCCUACUGUGCUCAACUUUGGUUCUCCUGAACUCAAGAAGCGACUUGUGCCUGAGAUCUUUGCUGGUAGAAAGCGUAUCAGUCUUGCAAUCAGUGAACCUUAUGCCGGUAGUGAUGUUGCUCGUAUUCGUACCACAGCUAAGCGUACAGCCGAUGGCAAGCACUUUAUUGUCAAUGGUGUUAAGAAAUGGAUCACAGGUGGUUGUUGGGCUGAUUGUUUCUCUGUCGCUGUUCAGACAGAGAAGGGCAUGUCGAUGCUUUUGAUUGAACGUGGUGAAGGUGUUGAAACCAAAUUGAUCAAGACUUCUUAUUCUCCUAGUGCUGGUACUGCCUAUGUCACUUUUGAAAAUGUCAAAGUGCCUGUUGAAAACUUGUUGGGUCAAGAAAACAAGGGUUUCUUGGUCGUCCUUUCCAACUUUAACCAUGAACGUUGGGUCAUGCUCACCGGUGGCAGUAUUGCCUGUCGCUUGGUCAUUGAAGAAUGCUUCAAAUGGGCCAAUCAACGUCAAGUGUUUGGUAAACGCUUGAUUGAUCAACCUGUGAUCCGUAACAAACUGGCCAAGAUGAUCUCUAGUCUUGAAAGUGUCCAUGCAUGGAUUGAACAUUUGACUUAUCAAAUGAACAACAUGAGUUACAGUGAACAAUCUGACAAAUUGGCUGGUCCUAUUGCCUUGUGUAAAUACCAAAUCACCCGUGUCAUGCAUGAUAUCUCUGAUGAAGCCUGUCAAAUCUUUGGUGGUCGUGCUAUUACCAAGACUGGCAUGGGUAGAACCAUUGAAACACUUCAAAGAACCUACAAAUUCUCUUCUAUUCUCGGUGGUUCUGAAGAAAUCAUGGCUGAUUUGGGUGUCAGACAAGCCAUGAAGAAAUUCCCUACAGGUGCUCGUCUUUAA